GUGCGGGCCCAUCUCCGCUGCGUGGCUGAGCAGCCCCCGCUGAAGCUGGACACGUCCUCUGAGAAGCUGGAGUUCCUGCAGCUCUUCGGCCUCACCACGCAGCAGCAGAAGGAGGAACUGCUGAGCCAGAAGCGGCGCAAGCGCCGGCGGAUGCUGCGGGAGCGGAGCCCCUCUCCGCCCACGGUGCAGAACAAGCGCCGCACGCCCUCCCCGCGCCUCCCGCUCUCCACCCGCUACAGCCCCGACGAGAUGAACAACAGCCCCAACUUCGAGGAGAAGAAGCGCUUCCUCACCAUCUUCAACCUCACGCACAUCAGCGCCGAGAAGAGGAAAGACAAGGAGAAGCUGGUGGAGAUGCUCCAGGCCAUGAAGCAGAAGACCACGCCGGCCGCCGUGGUGGUGAAGAGCUCCCCGCGGGACAGCCCCGGUGCCCCCAGCACUGAGCCUCCGGUGCCGCCGCUCCUGCUGGACCUGGAUAAACCCGUGGGCAUCGCCGUCUCCGUGCCCGAGGUGCCGAAGGCGGCGGAAGCCUCCAGGUUAGAGCAGCUGAGACCCCAGGAGCCAGCCAGGCCCAAGGAGGCGGGCACGGCGCCGGAGAAGCCCCGGCUGAGCGACGGGCACCCCGGGAAGAAGGCUCUGAGCAUCCUCAGCUACGUCAGGGGUCCCCUCCCCAAGGACAUCCCGGUGCCGCUGUCCCACAGCAUGAACGGCAAGAGCAAGCCCUGGGAACCCUUCAUUGCCGAGGAAUUUGCCCACCAGUUCCAUGAGUCGGUGCUGCAGUCCACGCAGAAGGCGCUGCAGAAGCACAAAGGUAACGGGAAGUUGUUGGGAAUCGCUGUUUUAAAGCCACUUAAAGAAUCACCAGCGGAACCAGGUUUAGGGUAAAACCAGGUAAAACCAGGAUUAUCACAACAAAGUUCUUUGGCAAGGUUCACUCUACUGUUUAUUAGAUGGUUAAAGCACU